CCGCCAUGUCGAGUGCAGCCUCGAAAGCAAAGUCCACGGGCAAGGCACCCCAGCCCAGGCCAUCCGCGCAGGAGCUGCAACAGCAAUAUAAUCGUCUGCAAAACGAGCUGCAAGCGCUUGCAAGCAAGAUCGGAGAGCUUGAGCAGGAGGCUGAGGAGCACAACCUGGUACUCACUACGCUUGAUGAAGCCCUGGCUGAGGAACCCGACCGAAAGUGCUUCAGACUUGUCGGCGGUGUAUUAGUAGAGCGGACCGUCAAGGACGUCGUUCCCGCACUCAAUACCAACAAGGAUGGUAUCCAAAAAGUGAUCGCCAAUCUCGUCGAACAGUAUAAGGGUAAGGAUGAGGAGUUCGAGAACUUCAAGCGGGAGUACAACAUACGGCCUGCACCUGCUAGCUGAGCGACGAAGCUACAUUGUGUGUACAUCAUAAUCAGGACCGCACGUGUAUCAUAUGAGCACCGACAUGCUGUCCGGAAACACCUCUCGAGCGCAGGCGACACUCGAAGUUUCAUAUCCCC